CCGCACGUCACUUAUUUUCACGCAUUUACAUUAACAGAGAUGUGACAUACAAAAUUAAGCAACUAGAUGCAGCCAAAACUGCAGGUGCCGACGGUAUACGAUAGUAUACUACGGUAUACUAACAUCCACACUAUAGGGCUGCUGCUUCUUUGCCUUCAAUUUUAAUUUUUUGAGUAUCGUUUGAUAGUGCAACAUUUUCUACUGUUUGGAAAUUCUCUAACUUGGUGCCAAUUGACGAGAUUGGAGAAAAAACUAACAUAAAAAUUAUACCUAAAUUAUUUAAAUCGAUCAGAUAUUGGCCAUAUAUAAAAAUUACUAAUGCUAAUACGGAUUCCUACCAAGGACACUCAACUAUCAGGAGUAGGUCACAAUAUUUCUGAAGAAUCUCUUUUAAGGAAAACGUUUCUAGACAAAGUGUUCGAGAACCAGGUUUUCCAAAUUCGUCAAGAUUUGCUUGAGGGAUUUUUUUUUUGAGUAUCGAUGGAUGAAAACACUGACUUUUUGGGACGAAAGAUUGUACACCUUUUUGUGAAGAAUUUAACACCAAACGAACCUUCCUCUUGCUAUUUUGUAGCGUCUAAAGUAACAAGUGAAAUAGUGAAUGGUACAAUGAUAUUUAAUCUUUUUGACGAAACUUUGAUGGUUGAAUAAAACUGAGCCAAAUUUAAAAAAUAUUAUUAUGUUUACAAGCGAUGCCGUCAGCUAUAUGCUUAAUGCUGAAAGAAAAAUAAAGGCAAAGUGCCCACAAACACUUCAUGUUACAUGUAUUGUACAUGGCAUUCAUCGAAUUGCAGAAGAAGUAAAAAAUCAAUUCAGAGAUGUAGAUAACUUCGUGGAUAAUGUUAAGAAAAUAUUUUUAAAAGCUCCAUCUCGCGUUAAAACAUUUAAGGAAAUGUUCUCAGCCUUGCCGUUGCCCCCAAAGCCGAUUAUUACCCGUUGGGGUACAUGUAUUAAAGCAGUGUGUUAUUUUCAACAUCAUUAUAAUGAAGUGAGAACUGUGCUUGAAUCAUUUGACCCCCGUUCCAGUGUAGCAAUUAGAAAUUGCCGUGAACUAAUGGACAAACCAGAAUUACUUGCUGAUAUAAAUUUUGUGGCACAAAAUUUCGACAUGAUCCCUGAAAUAAUUUGAACUUUGGAGUCUUCAAAAGUUUCGGUACAAUUCGCCCUGAAAAAAAACUUAACGAAUUAAAAACUAAAAUUUAAGCAGUACCAGGAGCUGUAGGAAUUCGGUUACAGGAAAAGAUGGCUGCCGUUUUACAAAGAAAUCCUGAUUUAGAAAUAGUAAAGUGUUUAAAAGAAAAAUUUGGUACCGAGUCUUAUUGGUAUACGAGUACCAGUAGAUGCUUUCCAGUUUGCCCCAUUAACGUCUGUGGAUUGCAAAAGAUCUUUUUCGGAUCAUAAAUAUAUUUUAGAUGUAAAAAGAAAUAAGUUAACCAAAACUAACCUAGAAAAACCACUUCUGACAUAUUUUAACAAGAAUUCAAUGUAAGUAUUAUAAUUUUAAAAUAAAUACUAUUGGUAACCAACUAAAGUAUAUUCUUACAUAUUCAGAUCAGUUACAAGUAGAUUUUCAUGUGUACGGAGUCCGAUUAACGUUUUACGGCACUCAUGACACAAAAAGUUUAAAACUGUCAACUUUUGUUGUCUGGCAUUGAAUUUUCACCAAUCAGAAAAGAGCAUGAAGAGCGUCCCGCAAAACGUUUACCGAACGCCGUACACAUAAAAAUCAAGCUUUAGACCAGAUUUAAAUUUAAAACUUCUCGUUAGCAAUGUCAAUUUUGUUUUGUUUCUACACCAAUGCACUGCCACAAAAAAAUGCGUUUUUAACUUUCUUG